CCUUGGGAGCUCCAGAGCUCUUCACAUAAGCCAGCAUCUCCUCUCCUCACUCAGCCCCUGGUGGUUCAGGGUUCCAUUCCUCCUUAGACAAGAUGUCUCACCAGAAAAAGCAGCCCACCUCCAUGUGCCCAGUGGUUUGCGGGAAGACCUCGGGCGGCGGCGGCGGCGGCGGCGGCGGCGGCGGCGGCGGCUGUGGCUUCUACAGCGGCGGCGGCAGCUCGGGCUGCGGCGGCGGCGGCGGCGGCUCGGGAGGGAGCGUCAAGUAUUUCGGGGGAGGCAGCAGCUCUGGCUGCGGAGGCUACUCUGGUGGCGGCGGAGGCUCCGGCUGCGGUGAUGGCUCCGGAGGCUGCGGAGGAGGUUCCGGUGGGAGUGUCAAGUACUGUGGGGGUGGUGGCUACUACGAAGGCGGCGGCAGCUCCGGCUGCGGGGGUGACUAUUCCGGGGGCGGCGGCGGCUCCGGCUGCGGCGGCUGCUACUCCGGAGGCGGCUGCGACUCUGGCUGCGGGGGUGGCUAUUCCGGGGACGGCGGCGGCUCCGGCUGCGGCGGCUGCUACUCCGGUGGCGGCGGCGGCGGCGGCGGCGACUCCGGUCAGCAGGUCCAGUGCCAGAGGUACGGAGGCGUCUCUAGCGGCGACUGCGGGGGUGGCGGCUCCUCCGGGGGCGGCGGCAGCUCCGGCUGCGGCGGUGGCUCCUCCAGUGGAAGGUCCGGCUGCGGCGGCGGCUCUGGCUACUUCUGUCAGCGGACCAUCCAGACCUCGUGCAUACCCCAGCAGAGCUACGGAGGGGGAUCCUGCGGAGGCAGCUGCGUCGGCGACUCCUCCGGGGGCGACGGGGGCUGCUUCCCCAGCUGCGGCGGCGGCGGCGGCGGCGGCGGCGGCGGGGGUUCCGGCUGCGGCGGCGGGGGUUCCGGCUGCGGCGGCGGCUCCUCCGGGGGCGGCGGGGGCUGCUUCUCCAUUGGUGGUGGGGGCGGCUGUUACCCUGGGGGUGGCAAGGGCGUCCCGAUCUGCCACCAGACCCAGCAGAAGCAGGCGCCUACUUGGCCAAGAAAAUAAGGUCCGUUAGAGGCCGCGGAGAAGAAGAGAUGGAGGUGUUCUCCGUGGGCGCCAAUGGGCUUAGCGCUCUCAUGAUACUGCCCUGAGGUUCCCAAAUCCUUCAGGUGUUAACACCCGAGCUACUGAGCUCUGGGGCUGCAUCUUGUUCUGUAGUUUUUCCUUUUUGGUUUCUGUACAACUACCUCCCAACCCCGGUACAUCCUCAGUCAAUAAAUGUGCAAUUCAUGAGAA